AAGCACCUGGCGCUUCUCUUCGGGCACGUCGAUAUUCAUCUCUGCUCUCUUGUUCCUCUUGCAGGCAAGGCCUACUACGCGAACCUGGAGGACCCCGGCUCGCUCCUGGAGGAGCCCGUCGCCAUGCUCACGGAGGCGCCCGGCCUCCCGCAGCCCCAGAGCAUCCCCUCGCCGUCCAGGUCGUCGCCGCACAGCCAGGGCUCCGAGGCCGGCGAGAGGUUCUCCCGGAAGGUCUUCGUCGGCGGCCUGCCUCCAGACAUCGACGAGGACGAGAUCACCGCCAGCUUCCGUCGCUUCGGCCCGCUGGUAGUCGACUGGCCGCACAAGGCGGAGAGUAAAUCGUACUUCCCGCCCAAGGGCUACGCGUUCCUACUAUUCCAGGACGAGAGCUCGGUGCAGCAGCUCAUCGAGGCGUGCAUCGUGGACGACGACAAGCUGUACCUGUGCGUCUCCUCGCCCACCAUCAAGGACAAGCCCGUGCAGAUCCGGCCCUGGCGGCUGUCGGACGCCGACUUCGUCCUGGACGCGUCCAUGCCCCUGGACCCCCGCAAGACGGUGUUUGUCGGCGGCGUGCCCCGCCCGCUCAAAGCAGUGGAGCUCGCCAUGAUCAUGGACCGGCUCUACGGGGGCGUCUGCUACGCGGGCAUCGACACGGACCCCGAGCUCAAGUACCCCAAGGGCGCGGGCAGGGUGGCGUUCAGCAACCAGCAGAGCUACAUCGCGGCCAUCAGCGCGCGCUUCGUGCAGCUGCAGCACGGCGACAUCGACAAGCGGGUG